AUGGCUAGCAUUGCCACCAUGGUCUGUGCUGCUGCUGAGGUACUCUAUGAGUCUGAAAUGCUGUUGAGAGUGACUCUCAGAAAGGACCUGGAUUUGUUCCUACAGCUACGUAGCCCUGCUGCUGCAAUUGUGGCUUUAGAAAGCUCAGUGGCCAACAUGCUGCAUGCAGGAAAGCAUGAGCAUAUGGACCCUUUCCUCCAGACCAUGAGCAACUUUGUCCAAGAUCGUCAUGUAGAUGGCCUUGCCCUAAUUUCUACCCUGGUCACCGACAUGGGCAACUUUGUUGACCUUGCAAAGCGAAUGCAGAGUCAUUUUGAAAACAGUCAUACUGAACAAAAGUGGCAGCUUGUCUUGGGCAUUCAACUGCAGGCAAUUAAUCAGAGCAUCGUUGACAGUCUCACAGGGUUGUGUGACAUAUUAAUAUUUGUGAACCACCCCAUCAUUGAGCCCGCAUCUUGCAAGUUGUCUCGGCCCUCAAAUAUACCUAUCACAAAGCACCACCGCAUGAUUAUGCAAAAGGUUGGGGAAAGCCCAUCGGGGAAGACGCUGCCUUGCAUAUCAGUCAGCUUGGCUGUCCAUGACUACAGACUCCGCUCUUCCCAUGAAAGGUUUAUGGAUGACUGCAUUCAUGCAAAGUGGGUCAGCUAUGACCAGACAUGCCCUUCAAAAAUUGGCUCGGUGGAAAAGGAUCAAGAGUGGGGAGCAGCUUACUUGAAGAAAAACAGAACAAUGCUCGUCUUUGAGGAUGAAAACACUAUCACUGAUAAGGUGGCAGCAUUUCUAGAGGAAUGCCCGUUUGGAUGUGUUGCUGCUUUUCAUGUUGAGUAUGAGGACUUUUCGGGCCGAUGCAUCGCAAGAGAAAGGUAUUCAAGGCUUCAGUCUAUUGCCAAGACCCUUCAGCACAAGAAGGUUCCAAGUCAGGAAAAUUAUGUGCCUAGUGAUGAAAAUGACUUGCCUGUCCUGGAAAAUGUGUGUGAGCAAGGUGGAUUUAAAGAAGAAUGCCAUAAGAGAAUGCUGGUGUGCUUGUUGUCCAUGAAGGCCAAACACACAGUUCUGGUUGGCCAGCAUUGCAGCCAUGUUGUCUUCAUGGAAGCCACAUUCAGCAACCAGUCAAGGACAUUCUCGGUACCAGAACAAAGCUUCAAAAAUUUUCUUUCUAUUGAAGACAGCAAACACUUGGUGGCUUUGUCUCCUUCUGUGGCCUCAAAGCAAGCAUUUGAGUCAAAACAGAAAAAACAUAUCCUCGAAGCUGUGAGAAAACUUGCCUUUCUUCACUCGAAACUGGAUGGAGUGGCAUUAUUUUCUACGGUGCAGACUCAAAUGGAGCUUCUGGUUAGGUUUUUCACUGAAGUGAAGGAAGAUCUGCAUAAAAAUAAUGUCACAAAAAUUCUCUUGGCUGGGCUUUCAUAUAGCCAUGCUGCUGCUUAUUUGAGCCGCUUACAAGGGAUAUGCGAGAUUAUUGUGUUUAUGACGCACCACUACACAAUUCCAGGGCAAUGUCAGAUUUCUCCUCCAAACCCAUACAUCUUAACUGCUGAUGACAUCUUGCAAAUGAAAAAAGCAACAGAGCCAGCUCAUGGGAUAUCAGCAACAACGUGUGUUUCAAUCAGCCUUGCAGUGCGGUCAUUCAAAGUAGCAGGCAAUAAUGAAGUCAGUAGUGCUUGCAAACAGGAAACAUGGUCCAACUAUGCUCAGGUCUGCCCUUCGAAAAACACUACAUUUCAUAACUUGGGAAAUGUGUCAGUAUUUUGGAGGAACAACACUUACAUGUUUACAUUUGAGAACGAAGGCACUUUGACUGAAAAGGUUUCUCGCUUUUUGGCCUUGCAUCCUGAGGGCUGUGUCCUUUUGUUUGAGGCUGACAAGGAUGAUAUUGAUGGGCAGUGUUCCUCAUGGGAACCUGCUCCACGAAUCAAGGUUGUCAGCCGGCUGCUUUUCUACGUGCCAAGUGAGUAACCAUAUGAAGCCAGUGAAUGGCAUGCACUCAGCAUCUUAAUUUUAUUAUUUUUUGAACAUU